AUGUCCCCUGAUAGCUCUUCACCAUCCACCAAGCGUAGCCUGAAACCGUCGCCCAUCGCAGCGAAUCCGCAACCAACCGUUCCAUACUCUGCGCCUCCAGAGUUGCCUAGUUUACAACCAGCGGCGUCAUUCACUACGGCGAAUCAAGAAGCUCACCCUGGCGCUCAGCCACCACUUCCAUCUCCCACGAGUCGGAAGCGCAAGUCUGUAACGCUCGGACAGUCGCAAGACCAGAUGGCCAGUACAUCAGAUAGCGCAGAGGCGCAAGCAAGUAGUGCAGCGUUGCCUCCAGCAGCUGAUGUCGAUGCCACGCAGGAGCCGAAGACUAAGAAGAGUCGGACAAAUACGCCGUGGACGCCAGCUGAGGAAUUGAGGUUGAAACAAAUGAGAGAUGCUGGGAAUAGCUGGAGCGAAAUUGCAAAGAGCGCUGCGCUGCUUGCCGCCAUCAAGGAGUAUGACGCCAACAAAUGGAAGGUCAUAGGACAGAAGGUCGGCAAACCUGCCAAAGCAUGCGAACAGUACGCGAAAGAGAAUUUUGGCGGCAAGUACUGA